UUGCAGGCAACAAGAAUGAAAGACGACGCUACCAGACGUGUUUUUCCUCUCUGCAGACUGAAAGACAAGGAGAGAAAGAGUAGACUAAGCCUCUUUCUAACCAAGUCGGGCUCGCAUGAAAACGUCAGCCCUGAUAAAAGGACCAACACAGCAUCCAACAAUAUCUCACUGGAGGCAGCUUUGAAAUGGAGCGAUUCCUUUGAAGAACUUCUGAAGCACCCAGGUGGGGUGGAAAUGUUCUCUCAGUUUCUCAGGACUGAGUUCAGUGAGGAGAACAUCGAGUUCUGGCUGGCCUGUGAGGAAUACAAGAACAUUGACACCGAAACCAAGCUGUUAUCCAAAGCCAAGUAUAUUUACACCAUCUUUAUUGAGACAGAUGCCCCAAAGGAGCCAUUCGUGCUGCUGUUUUACACACCCCUCCACCUCCCCAUCACCGCCAAGUCCUCGCAGAUCAUCAGUUUCCACACUUCAUUGGCAUCACUGGCCUUACAGGGCGGCACGGUGGCCUAG